UGUGAGAGUUUCUUCGUUCCAACCGGGCUAGACCAGUGAUUUUCUGCUUGGUGCAAGAUUACCUGGAGCUUCAAACCUUACAGAGGUCAGUGGUCAGUUGCAGUUUCGGCUUACUAGGGUGAGAAGUAGGGGACAGAGGGCAUAUGCAGCAUGACAUGUUGAAGUUUCUUUUGCUCACGGCGGCGGCCAUCGUGUUUGCAGAUGACGCCAUUUGCAGUUUGCAGAAGUUACGGUACUUUGGUGCCACAUUGGACUCGGACGAUAGCGCGUCAAGACUGUUGCGUCAAGAGGUCUCGGAACCCGGGGAUUUCUGGUCCAUGGAAUCACCGAGAGGGUGCAAAAGACCUGCAAAGACACAGCUUCAGGUUUUGCAAGUGUUUGAGAGUCAAGAAUUGACGCCAAAGCCAACAUGCUUGCAGGGAGAAGCCUUGAUUGGCGACUUUGUACAGGGUGUCUACAAGUUUUCUUGUUGCAAAGCUGGCGAGCAAUGUGGUGGCUGUCGCGCGGUAAAGAAUGGUGUUUGUGAGCAGUGUGCAGCUGGAUAUGUCAUGCAGACCAUGCCUAUCGUGAACACAUCCAAGUGCUUCCUAUGCGAUGACAUUCCCAAUUGGCACGACAUGCAAGGUCGAACCUGUGCAGAUCUGCAAAGACUUGGUAUUUGUUCAGGGUCAUGGCCUCAAAGAACUCAAGAUGUGGCCUUCCAAGGGCUUAGGCCAAGUGAAGCUUGUUGUGCAUGUGGAGGCGGAAGUAUCUACCCGACUCCCGUGUACAUGCCUUUGCAAACCAAGUCUUUGUACUUUGGACAAAACAUCAAUGAAACACCAGACCCAAUGACAGCUCAAAUGGUGAAGGUUGCCCCAGGAUGCACAUUUGCAUCAUCCGGCCUGGAGCUUCUGAGUGAUGGUAGUGUCAAAGGGGUGGUCACUGUGAAGAAUCAGACGGUGAUCAAAUGCUCCACCGUGUCAGUGCAAGAUCCAGUACGAGGGAUCAUGACAAGUAUCAACUUCUCCAUGCCAGUAUCAUCGUUUUCUUAUGGAGAACAAGUGGUGCACUUCAAGUUCUGGGGAUUGGAUCUCAAUCCUGCGCAGCGCAUUGUCGCUCCUCAAUCUGCUCAUCCCACUGACCUCAUGAACUUUAAGCUUCAGUGUGAUCCAGAGUGUCCAUGGCUCUCAAUCACUUCCUCAGGCCAACUCCACUGGAAUCCUGUUGCCCCACCGACACCACCUCAGCCAUCUUCAGCCUUGCCGCAGGACCUUAAGUCACAGACGACUGCAUUGCCAAAGAUGCCUUCCUGCAGUUGCCAAGUGCUGGCGACGACCAGUUUCCGGCCUGCGUUGAACUUCUCUAGAUGGCCGAAAAGGAGACAGAGAGCUCUGGCAACGUUGCAGACACCAGUAGCAACACAGUUUCUCGUAGCACAGGCUCGACUCUGGAAAGGAGGAGUAUGGGAGAUGCCAAAGAUCAAGGCUCGGAUAUCCGAAGCGAUCACUGAAGUGCCCUUGCGAGAAGACUUGGGACCCGGUUUGCGCUGGUACAAAGUCACCGGGCAUUCUCUACAGGUUCCUGUGGUGGAGAACAUCUCCACGGGAGAGAAGUUCAUUGUGUCAGAGUCGAUCCCACCAGGCAUUUUGGACGUGAACUGCCAAGACGGCGAAGGAAGCACUUUGACAUGGUCUCGCAUCAGCGGGGAGGUGAUGCUGGCAGGCGAAACGGCCUUCAAGCUUGAUCCCUUCACCGGCGUGAUCUCUGGCACGCCUCACCUCACACUGUCGGCGACCCAGGGCCGGGCCGAGGUAAACAUCACCUGCCAGGUGGCACUUGGAGGCAGGCUCUACGACCAGGCUCUCCCAGUGGCUGUCCUGAAUGUUCAUAUAUUGGAUGAUGUUUGUUGGGUACCCAGCAACAUCUCUGGGACAUUCCGUUGGAAUGAGACACGGAAUGUCAAAGAAGCGCAGUGCUUACAAGAAUGCCGUCUCGCCGAUGAUUGCGCAGCAGUACUGUAUGAAGCUGGUAUCUGCAAGAUUUUGGUGAGCGACGGUGCCGCGGAAAAAGUCGAGUCUCAGGUGCUGGUCCGUUUAAACAAUUGUUCAGAGAUGGAGACCAGCCUCAACUUGACGAUCUCAGCAGCAGAAUAUCUUCAAGGGGAAUUUUCGGUUUUGAAUGUCUUCCAGGAUGAGACAAACCUGGCCUUUCAGUCCAAUCUGUUGGUCUCUUACUCUCGCCCUGGAACAAAUCCACAGCGGCAACUUGUGUUGGCCCGAAGAGAAGUUGUGGAGCGGGCCCCCGUAUCUUGUGCAAAGUCGACAUGGAUGCUUCUUCACAUCAAUUCCUCAGACUAUGAGGAUGCAGAGUCCAAGACUGCCCCCGAGUUCUUCGGAAAUCCCAUGGCUUGUAUCACCUCGGAGGUAGUUGGGAAUGCUUUCAAGAAUGGCCAAGAUUCCUUUGACUUACAAAUACUCCCUGCAGAGCUUCAUUCCCAGCUUCAGCAGCUUCAGGCUAUGCCUGCUCCGCCUGCUGUGCUUCAUGGAACUCUAGCUCUGGCCGUGCCAAGUUGCCCGAAGCCUACGGAGAACUUUGUCUUUGGUACUGUGAAUGAACCUGGCAUCUAUUCCUUGCACGCCUGUGACUGCUUCGGGGAAGCUUAUGCAGCUGUCCCGCCAGUGGAUCCAGCGUCCAAUGCAGCAGUUCCACGCAACGCAAACAACUACUUUAACAAUGGCUCUGUUCCCGACCAGAAACUGUUCUCAGGGCCUUACACCUGUGAAGAGAGCGCUUCGGUGGCGCACUUUCUGCACAUGGAUGUGGAAGGAUGCCAGAAGGCCUGUGCCUCUGAACCUGAGUGCCAAUUCUACUUGUUUGGCAAGACCUCAGAGACAUGUACUUUGUUCCAAAGUUGCAACUACGUUCAAGACGUCGGCUUGCAGAUUGUGAACGAGUUGUACGGAAUACCCCCUGAGAAUGCUUCAUAUUGCCGAAUUGCAAGUCCGCAAAAGUGUUGGCAGGAGGCCAAGCGCCGAAGCAUGCUAAGCUUCACCCCUUCAAACAUACCUAAGUGCCUCUUUCAAGAACAGUAUGAUGCCUGCGAUGCGCUCCAGCUUCUUCUUGGAAAACAAGAUGGCCCUUGCACGCGUUGCCAAUACAUUGACAUCUCAAGCCCAUUUGCCGCAAGUGGCCUCAAGAAGAUCCCAUCCCCUCAACUUUUCUCGCCGGCUUCGCAGAUCUCAGUCACUUGCAAUGAGACCUCUCGGAUGUUUGCAAGGCUACAGGACGGUUUGCAAUGGGACGGCCCACGGCAAACUGCUGCGACCUUUACAUGUGUGAGUGGUGAGUGGGUUGGUGAACUUGGUCCUUGGCGAUAUUUGUCCAACUUCACGUGCGAGCGAUGCAUUGAGGUUGGGAGCAGCAGCCUUCAGCGCUUGUCUUUGGUCUCAAUGCCGGAGAUUUACUUCUUGGAGCACCGGCAAGUGCAUGUGAACUACCCCUUUGCAAUCAAUGGCUGCGCCAGAGCUGGGAUUUUGACUGCCUCGCCCCUUCAAUCAUUCUCAAACAUGUUCUUGGAUGUGGCCAAGGAUAUGAAACUUCAGCUUUCUCAAAAAGUGACCGGGGCCACUUGGUGGCUUGAUGCCGCGACUGAUCAACUUCGCAUGGCUUCGGACAUUUUGGAUGGGCUGACAGAGUGGUGUGUUUGCAUGGCGAAAGAAUUGGCUGCGUGCCCGUGCUCUCCAUCUGAAAAAGACAUUUCUGUGGUGAUCCAGGGAGGUUUGCUUGAGUCCAACGGCACGUGUGCGAAAGCAGACGCUGGUGCAUUGAGUCUUGCUCCGUGCCCUGAAGAUCGAAACUCAAAGCAGUCGCAGGGGUUUCUGUGGCAUUUCGAGUCUGGGAAUUGCUUUUUCGGCUUCGAUAUGAGCGACACAGCAGAGAAACUUUGGGUGGCCACGAGCGAGGCUCCGAGCGGAGCCCCGGUGCACUUGGGGAACUUUGCUUUCAAAAGCAGCCCCUCCGGCGGCGGAGGCCUUUUUCAGAUGUACAUGGACCGCGCACCAUUUUCUGACAUGCUUUGUCUCCAUGCCAACCUGUCACUGCCGGUGAAGCUUGGGUAUUCCAUGCAAGUUUCAACCGACUGUCGAUCGGUCUUCAUGUGGCGAGGAGAUCAUUUGGCAUAUUUUCACCAUGGAAAUUUCAAUACGACAUAUUAUCUACUUGUCAGUGGAGAUCCAGCAGAUCCAAAAAUCGGAUUUGGACUAUUGACCGCCACUGAGACAGCAUCUCCAGAUCCUCACUAUCGCUUUGCACUUGCAAAAGGCAAGCUCACUUCAAUUGCCUGGCCAGGGUACUCUGUGGAAGCAGAUUUCACUCAGGCAAUGGUGCCAGCGCAGAACCCGACCCCAGUCAGCUGUCCUUUCUUUAGCGACCAGAGUGUGGUGAUUUCACCUUCACCUCCGUCAUAUCCGCCAUGCCAAACACUGGGUGCGUUUGUGGGUCACUCUGUGGCGUCUGGCACCUAUUACCAGGAAUGCCGAGAAUCAGCUCUUUUUCAAUUGGGUACUACUUCAGGAGCUGAAGUAGAGGAAUAUAUCAACAUGUUUUGGUUCAAGUGCCCAGGUGAUGCCGUGCUGUCAAGAGUCUCGUGGUAUUCUUGGCUACCUCCGAUGGGCUCCUCCGAAAGUAUGAAAGGUGGAGCCACCAUAGAAUGCAGCUCAGUAGGUGUCCAAUACGUCAAAAGGGCACCCAACUAUGCCCAAAAGACGUAUCAGGCUGCGUACGACCCAACCACCCGCCUUCUUAAUUUCACUUGUCCUCCUGGCACAUUGAUAAACACUUUGCAAUUCUCAGCAAACAAGACCUCGGACAAUUUGGUGAUUUGCGUUGGCCCUUGGUUGUCCGAAAUUGCACCCGCUCCCAGCGGCCCAAUCACUCCAAGUUUUCAGUUUGACGAAAAUGGCCCGGCGGGGACUCAACACUGGGCGAUGCGCAACGAGAAGUUGCUGCGGACGAGCUCAAGAGCCUGGAUGGAGCUCGAGAGCUGUGAGGCUUCACUGUCCGUGCCCAUGGAUUCAAACCCGAACCCCAACGCAGAUGCCGAGCCGCUCAACCUCACCAUCCCAGCACUUCCAUCUUUGUCACCGAAACAGAAGGAAGCUUACACCAGAGCUCCAGGAAUCCACAUCACAGACGCAAGCGCUCAGAAGAUUUUCUUCACUUGCUUGCCAGGCCACGCAGAAGGGCCCUUGUUGGAUGGACAUCCAUCGACGUUGUGCGCCAGCAACGCGGUUCUGAAGUCAAGUGACCUAUCCCAAGCAGAAAGUUUGUUCAACGAUCAGUUUCGGAUGUUGUGGGUUCAAAAAAGUUGCCCAGUUCUGAUGGAGGCAUCAGCCUCACCUCCGAGCGGAGCUACAAACACAGCAAAAGGUGGCAUGACCAUGCAGCAGCUUUUGGGCAUUCUUCGCUUGGCUUAUCAUACGACAAGUUUUGGAGAUCCAACGGCCCCGCCCUUCAGUUACACAGCUGGAGCUGGGUCUCUAAGCUUCGCUGAUGCGGUCGGAUUCCUCAGUUUGGAGCCUGGAGGUGCCGUUUGGGGUCUGCGAUGCCCAGAGGGUGCGGUCGUUGCCUCGGACAGUUCGACCAUGCCGUAUUGCCGGCAAAUCGAAGCCGGAAGAGAGAAGACUUUCUAUGCAUUCUCCGGGUCAAUGAACUGCCCUGACGGCAGCGCGGUGAGUGGGUGGUACAAUUUACCUGGCCUGCCCGUCGAAAAUGGGAGCUACGGUGGCCCGAAGAAUGCAACUGGAUUGCGGCUCUAUUGCCGAUCCACUCCUCUUUUGUCAUCCUGCCAGCAACCCACUUCUCCUUAUUGCCAGGGAGGUGGUGUCGUGACCAGUGUAAGCUUUGAUUCGAAUAAGUUCACCAUUGGCUGCUGCAAGAUGCAGAGGCGCAUCGGCAUGGCAUUGACGUCAAAUCCAAGAAGAAGUCAGCCUUACAAGGACUUUGCAGGGUACUACUGCCCCAUUGCGAUGGACAUCACCGGGGCCCCUAGCUAUGUGAAAACUGUGAUCCCGAGCCUGGGGUCACCGGCGCCAGAGGCAUCCAGGCCCCCCACCUGGACCUUGACCUGGAACCGCUGGAAUGCAUCGUGGGAGCUCCUUAGAAGCAAGGCCAUCAUUGCAUCAUUACCUGGAACAGAGGAAUCACCGGUCUCAGUAACCGUUCGAAACGGCUCUGGCGUUGCCUUCUCAGCCACAUUCAUUGACAGUCUGACGGCAGCCUAUGUGAUGGGAUCAAAGCCAAAGUCAGCUGUCCCAGGACAGAAGCCGGCGAAGCCAAAGCUCCUGGCUUUCCAUUCAAAUCAACCAGACUAUAAAGCUUAUUGCGAUCCAGCAUACUUACAGAAUCCCUAUUCAUACUCAGCUGGAGGGUCCAUUUCACAAAUGUCUCCAUGUUGGCACACUUUCAAUGCGAUGCCUGCAGCCCUACAACCAGCGCCCAAGAAACCUAUGCUGAAAGGUAUCACUGAGGAGGCCUUUUGGCAAUGCAGUUUGCGGAGCAAGAGGCGGAGUUAUAUGAGCACAAUGAACGUCGUUAACAAGGAGAAACUAGCGAAUAUGAUGACAAACACAGAUUCCACGAUCAAUGAGAUCACGUUGGGCCUUGAGCUGGCUGCAGCGAUCGUAGGGAUGAUCCCUUGGGGCAGCUACGCGAACCCCGGUGAGAAGGGCGCAGAAGAGACUCAAGAGCAGGUCCGAAAGAAUGCCAUUGGAAAUAUCGAACAUGAGGUCGAAGACGAGUUUCAACAGGUGGAACAGCAAGCUGGACAGCAAGUGGAAAAGUCAUUUGCCCGAAAGCUUUUAGAUGGGAUCAAGAAUUUCUUUGGCACAACCGCGCAAAAUAUAGGCAGUGCUCUGUUCGAAACCUUGCUGAACAACGACUACUCCUGGCUGGUUGCAGAAAAUUCUCUGAAAGAGUAUCAGUCCCACCGAGCAGGGCCCACACCGCCGAAAGCUCCAAGCCCUGGUGCCAUGAAGAACAUGACCGAAGAGCUUGUCCGACAGACUGUUCCAACACUGACAGGGUCGUAUGUCAAAGACUUGCAGUCAUUAGCCGACGCCUCUUGGAAAGAUUGUCUCCCUUUGCAGUUCGGCCUCUCCAAAGUGAUGUGUGAUCUCUUCUGCAUUGAUGAUGCUGUGCGGAGCGGGACCUCAGCCGUCUUAAGCAGUUUGCAAAGCUCUCACCAGGUGCUGAUGACGAAUCUUCAAUCUUUGCUCGACUAUCAGACGAAAUACUUGCUUUGGGCCAUUGGCUCCAUUGUAAGUCCUAAAGCGCUGUGGGAGGUGAAACAAAAGCAGAAGGGUUUUGAAGAGGAAGACUUUCUUUCAGCUCCAGAUUUGCUGCAGGAUUUGGAGGAACUGCAAGAAUUUCCUGUUAAAAACCACAGUAUGACAGAUCACUUGAUGCUGGGCAGAGAGGUUUUGGAUUGGCACGAAGCCACCGCAGAUGAACUCAUGUCCCGCAUAACAGCGAUGUUUAUGAAUGCUUCAGAAGACAACUGGCCAUACCGGGCGAGAGCAAUGAAGGGUAUGCUGCAUCACUAUGGGAAGAGUUUGAAGGAAAAGAUAAGCGAAGCACAGAUGCCGCUUCGACAGAGUCACCUUGGACCAUCUUUUGCCCAGAAGCAAAUCGACGGUAAAUUGCAGCUGCUCAGUGAUCAAGCCAACCAACAUCGCGAGGUUGCAGAAGUGGUGCAGACCUUGCGCAUGCAACCCUUGGAAUUCCAUUUGGAAGACCAAAUUGUUUGGAAUUCUAUCUUGGAGUCUUUCCUCCACACCCAUGAGAAACAAGAUGCCUUCACAAUGCUGCAUUUGAAGGCCUUGGACCAAACAGAGGAUGCCCUCAACUUGGCUCAGAAUUUCAGUCAGUGUGCAGGAGCAAGCAGUGCGUCGCUGCGUGAAAGCUGGCAGCGGGCUUUGCGCGCAGAUGAGCGGAGCAGUGAGGCUUUGCUCGAAGCCUGGUCAGCAACGAUCACCACCGCAGAACGCUUGCGCAUUGCGGUGAAGGAUGAGCGCUUCCUGGAGCGUUUGCCACAGCACAUUGAUUUGGAAGCCGGUUCCGCUGUGCUGACAGCAAGCUGCCAGAACCAUACUGCGCUGGCCCAGGAAUCAUACAGCCAAGCAGUGGCCUUGGUGGCUUCAUCUUUGCAACCUUUGGCCACGCAGAUCAACACCUUCAAGGUGCUGGCCACCUACCAGGAGCAGCAAUUGCGGCACCGACGCCUGGAGUAUUUGGCUGCGCCUGAGGCAUUCAUGUCUUCAGAAUUGACAGCACUUUUGACGACGCUCUCUGAUCCGUCUACCACACUAGGCCGGGCUUUGGCCAAGCGCGCCCUGAAGGUUUUGGGCAACCCACGUUGCCCAGGAGAAGAACUUCUAGUAGAGGAUGUGACUUUGCGCGCAGAGCCUGUCAAAUCGCUUUUGAUGUUUUGAGAAUUAUUCUCUCAGCAUUCAUCUUGGAAGCAGCUCGGCCAACAGAGCCAAGCCUGUUCCUGCUUGUUUUCAAAGGCUACUCGAAGCAAGAGCCUUCCUUUGCAGCAAAA